CGAAGCGGGCACUGAUUGGCCGCGGCACUUGUACAGCUCCCCUCGCGCCGCCGCCUCUGUCAUGGUGCUGGGCUACCGGCUGCUCGGCCGCCGGAGUCUAGCCGUGCUGGGAGCCGCCUGCGCUCGCCACGGCCUGGGAUUUUAACUUUCGCUGACCGCGGCGGGCAGGCCGGUUGGGGUCGAGAAAGGCUGCACAGCAGUUGGGUCAGACUUUGACAGGGCUGAAGACAGAGUGGGGUGACUUGUCAGCGGGGGUUGCUGGCGGAUUUGUGGUAGGUCCAGCGCUGCUGGGAAGCCUUCUCCAUCACACAGAUUUGAGGAAGAGCUUGACCGUGGAACAGGGCGCCAUGAAGGUUGAGUUACUGCCUGCUCUGACUGACAACUACAUGUACCUGGUCAUUGAUGAGGACACCAAGGAGGCCGCCAUCGUGGACCCGGUGCAGCCCCAGAAGGUUAUAGAAACGGUGAAGAAGCACGGCGUGAAGCUGACCACACUGCUUACCACCCACCACCAUUGGGACCACGCUGGCGGGAAUGAGAAGCUCGUUAAGCUGGAGCCUGGGCUGAAAGUAUACGGGGGCGAUGACCGGAUUGGGGCCCUGACUCACAAGGUCACACACCUGUCCACUCUGCAGGUGGGGUCUCUCAACGUCAAGUGCCUGUCUACUCCGUGCCACACUUCUGGACACAUCUGCUACUUUGUGACCAAGCCCGGCAGUUCUGAGCCCCCUGCUGUGUUCACAGGGGACACCUUAUUUGUGGCUGGCUGUGGGAAGUUCUAUGAAGGGACUGCGGACGAGAUGUACAAAGCCCUGCUCGAGGUCCUGGGCCGGCUCCCUCCUGACACAAGAGUGUACUGUGGCCAUGAAUAUACCAUCAACAACCUCAAGUUCGCCCGCCAGGUGGAGCCCAGCAACACCGCCAUUCAGGAGAAACUGGCCUGGGCCAAGGAGAAGUACAACAGUGGGGAGCCCACAGUGCCGUCCACCAUUGCAGAGGAGUUCACUUACAACCCGUUCAUGAGAGUGAGGGAGAAGACCGUGCAGCAGCAUGCGGGGGAGACGGACCCGGUCACCACCAUGAGGGCCAUCCGCAAAGAGAAGGACAAUUUCAAGGUGCCCCGGGACUGAGGUGGCUGCGGGGCCUGGAGCCCCCAUGGCAGCUGCCUUCCAGCGCAUUUGGGUGUUCAGAUGUGUUAGGUAAACUUCCUGCUGGGAGUGCAGGGAAACUCAGUCUUGGUUUAAUUUUAAAUUAAUUUCAGAGCCCUUUGAUUGUAUUAUCAAAUGUUUUAAUGCAUAUUUAUAAGAGAAGAAUUUAGAAAGUGUUUA